AUGGCCAACAUCGAUCCCGUAAAUGAGCCAUAUGACGACAAUUUGUAUUUUGAUCCCUCGGUUUUGGAUAAAAAGGAAUAUGAAGAUUUCUCUCACUUCUUCCAAGUUGAUAUUGUGUUCGGCAGUAGGGAAGAAUUAAUCAACUGGGCGAAAGAAACUGCAGUUAGUCAUUGUCACCGUUUGAUUUGUCAGUCUAGAAGGGAGAAUGCACAGUACAUGACGUGUGACAAAUACGGACAUGGCCGACAAACGAAUAUCGAUGUGGAAGAUCCUAGAAACUCAGGAACAAAAAAAUGUGGUUGUCCGUUCAAAUUGAUUGGCAAAAGGUCAAGGUUUGAUGAAUUAUGGCGGUUGACUGUCAGCGAUGGCAGGCAUAGUCAUCGUCCGACUUUGUUUCCUCACGGACAAGGUUUUCGACCAACAGAGGGCAUGACUGUUAUUCAGUUUAUGAUGCAUAACUUUCAAAAAGUCGAGUAUGGAAUGCCUCUUUUGGAAAUAAUUGGGAUAACUCCAGUUGGGAGGAAUUAUACAAUUGCUGUUGCAUUUAUGUCGCAUGAAGAUGCAGACACCUACGAGUGGACUUUGAAUUGUUUGAAAGAGUUGCUAGAUGGUGUCGAACCUGAUGCGAUCUUGACAGACAGAGAGUUGGGUCUUUUGAAAGCACUGCCAAAUGUCUUCCCAUUUUCGUAUCAUAUGUUGUGUAUAUUCCAUAUAAACAGAAAUCUUGAGGCAAAUGCGACGAAAUUUAUGGGAGGCAACAAGGACCAAGGGUAUCCUAGGCUGAUACAGUAUUUGAAUGAUACGUGGUUGAUAUACAAGGAGAAGUUUGUUCGUGCCUAUACUCGCAAUGUGUAUCAUUUUGGCAACACGAGCACCAACAGGGUGGAGAGCGCUCAUUCUUCAGCGAAGGGUUGGUUAAAUGCUUCGACCGGAGGUCUGGAUAACGUGCAAGGCAAACUUCGGGACCAAGUUUAUAUCCAAAUUAGUGAGCUAAAGUGCGAUUUUUCAUUAUCAUCCAAGAUAAGGAAGCAUACUGCAGCAUGGCCGUGUUUUCAGGGUUUGAUUUGUUAUGUUACGCAUCUGGCAUUAGAGAAAUUGGAUGAAGAGAUGGAGUCCCCGGCGAUGCAAGAUCCGAGUAUUUGCACACACUAUCUUUGGAAUACUCAUGGGCUCCCAUGCGCGUGCAAAAUUGUGCAGAAAAUGGAAGAUAAUGACACGUUCGUCAUUUCAGACUUGCAUCCAUUCUGGAGUACCAUGGCAGUUGAGCCUUCGGAGCUACCUGAGUAUCAAGUAAACCGCGAGGAGAUUGUGGAUAAACAGAUUGAUGACCUGAAUUGCAAUUUGAAGAAGAUGAAUUACACGAGUAAGAUAAAUGCCGUGGCCUCAUUGCGUGGCAUCGUUUAUCCGUCUACGUCGCAUCUGUCCGAGCCAUCAUUUGUUAAGACCAAAGGACGACCAAAGAAUAACUCGACAAAGAGAGACCCUUCUAGAUGGCAGUAUCAUAUUGAUGAGGAGACAAUUAAGUCGUCUUGUGGUUCCAAGGGUCGCCAAACCUCAUCUGGUGCAAAGAUUCCUAAAACAAAGGUUGAGAGAAGCACUGAUGGAACCCCUCAAUCGAAGAUGAAAGGUCGUGGUUCUCGUAUUGCCACACAAGAAUCUGCUGCCCCUACAAUACCUGCACAUGAAGGAAUCGACUUUUAUUCUUUCGUGCCCAGAUUUAUGGUCCGUCUUAUUCAAGAUUAUGUUAACGUGAUGGCGGAUGGCAACUGUGGGUACCGGUGCGUUGCUCAAGCCGUGUACGGGGAUCAAGAAAGAUGGCCGCAAGUGAGAGGGGAGUUGCUUAUUGAGUUAUACGAGCAUGCUAGUGUCUACACGGCGAUGUUUGGCAGUACCGGAUACGUUGAGGUCAUACGCAAGUGUGACUGGACCUCAGGGCCUUGUCCACAAGCUUAUUGGAUGGACAUGAAUGAAAUGGGAUUGGCCAUUGCUACCAGAUACAGUGCAUUAGUGGUACUUUUGACUCAAGUAGGGAGUAUGACUUACCUUCCUAUGUUUGGCAGUGGUCACUUAUCAUGUAUGAUUGUUGUGACAUUGCACAACAAUCAUUUCAUGUUUGUUAAUUUGGUCGCAAAUAGUCCCUACCACCAAUCCAUCCGGCAUGGGUACACCAUAGAGCUAAAAACUUGA